AUGUCGCGUCGAGCAAGCCACGAACCCGGCUACGGCUACACCUUCGAACCCAAAUACCCUCCCGAGGCGACAAUCCCGCCUCACUCCUCCUCCUCUACAAGUAGCCGGCGAGCGCGUCGUGGCCGACCAGAGCCUCGGAAACACGAACACCACUACGGCCACCACAGCCACCAGAACGGCGACCUACCACAGUACAACCACAACGGGCACAAAGUGACAAAGGGCAUUCAGCCAGACGGAGAGAGCGGUCGUAAAGGCAUACAUCCGCUCAGGUUUGUCAGGAUAUGUUUCAGGAGCACCAGCCGGUUGUCGAAGUGGCUCAAUGUGCUGUGGCCGUUCAUACCGGCCGCCAUUGCGAUUUACUACGCCCGCCCCGACGCCCACCUCUGGAUCUUCAUCCUCAACUACAUCGCCAUGAUCCCCGCCGCCAACCUCCUCGGCUUCGCGGGGCAGGAAAUGGCGCGGAAGGUGCCCAGGGUGGCAGGCAUCAUCCUCGAGACGACAUUCGGAUCCAUCGUCGAGUUUAUCUUGUUCAUGGUCCUGAUCACCGACCCACAUUCGGUCUCGCACCAUAUCCAUAUUAUUAGGGCCGCGAUUCUGGGAUCGAUUUUGGCGAAUUUGUUAUUGUGUUUGGGGGCUGUGUUCUUUAUUGGGGGGUGUAGGAGGGAUGAGCAGGAGUUUCAUAAUGCGGUUAGCGAGGUUGGGAGCAAUCUGAUGUUGGUUGCUGGGAUGGGCCUUGUCGUCCCCGCCGUCUUCUCCGCCGCCCUCUCCACCGAAAACGGCAAUGCCUUCGCCCGCGAAACCCUCAACAUCAGCCGCGCCACAGCCGUGAUCCUUCUAUUCGCCUAUCUCGUCUUUAUCUACUUCCAAGUGCAAACCCACCAUAGCCUCUACUCCGACGUCCUACGCGCCGACGAGCAAAAAGACGUCGAUCGGCACAAAGACCUGGCCAAAGAGAAACUCACCUUGACCGAGUGCGUCGUCGCCCUGGCCCUAGCGCUUACAUUCGUAGCCCUCAUCUCCAUCUUCCUGGUCCGCCAGAUCGAGUACAUCGUCGACUCGCGCGGCAUCUCCGACGCCUUCCUGGGCCUGAUCCUGAUCCCGCUGGUCGAGAAAACGGCGGAGCACCUGACGGCCGUGGACGAGGCGUGGGACGACCAGAUGAACUUCGCGCUGUCACACAUCCUCGGCUCGUGCGUGCAGACCGCGCUCCUCAACACGCCUCUCGUGGUGAUCGUCGGCUGGGGCCUUGGCCGCCCGAUGGACCUGCACUUCGAGACGUUCGAUGCCGUGGUCCUGGUCCUGGCGAUCCUGGUCGUGGGUAACUUCCUAAGGGACGGCAAGAGUAAUUAUCUCGAGGGCGUGCUGUGUGUGCUUGUUUAUAUGGUUAUCGCCAUCAGUGCGUUUUAUUAUCCGAAUCCGAGUGCGGGAUAUGAGACGGCGGCGGGGGGCACGGCGGAGACGGGGGGUGGGCAUAGGAGGUAG